UCGACUCAGCAUACACAGGUGGAGAAUGGGUCAUGACCAGGAGGAGUUUGCACUGAAUGGACUUGUACGACCUGCAUUGUUUUAGAGUCCUGCGCAUUGGAUUAUGCUCUUCAUCCUGAUCUGUGGUUCUCACCGCAUCCAUUGAUUUUGCGGGUUCAAUACCGUUUUCGUUUUCUCUGAUGGUCACUGCAUUCUUUAUUGAACACAAACAUCGUCAUGUUUAUCAGAACAACUUUUCUCCUCUGCUUUGUGGUUUCACUCUCAAAACUUGUUCGUAGCAUGGAAACUGAACUUUGCUUCCCCAUUAGAUUGGAUAACCACAAACAUGACAGGAGGAAUUUUGACAACGACGUGGGAAUCCUAAAUGGAAAAUGUGUUUUAAAAAUACGAGCUUUCCAGCAGGAAUUUGUGAUCGACGUACACCAGGACUCGAAUUUCAUUGCGCCUUCCAUUUCUAACCAAGAUGCAUUCUGGCUCUCCAACACCGAUGUCUCCACUGACCUGAGCCGGUGUUUUUACUCCGGAUAUGUGCACGCUGACCCACAUUCUUAUGCCGCUCUGAGCCUCUGUAAGGGUUUACGGGGUGCAUUUGGCUUCCAGGGCUGGGAAUAUUUUAUCAGCCCGGUGCAAAAUGACACCACAAGCGUGGAAGGUGCGCACAUCAUCCGGCGCAGAACCAGCAACAACCUGAAGCUCAAUUCAACCUCUAGGUGCGCAGUGGACAGCGACAUAAAUCUCCAAGUUGCGCAAUCCUUGGAGAAAUACAAGCGACUGCAAGAUGACAACAAUGUGACCGAAACGAUGCUGAAGAAGAUGGGGAGAACCAAAAGGUUCGCUUCCAUCCCCAGGUACGUGGAGACGCUCGUGGUGGCGGACGAGUCCAUGGCGCAGUUCCAUGGAGACGAUUUAAAACACUACCUCUUGACACUGAUGUCAGUGGCAGCGAAGCUCUACAGGCACCCCAGUAUUCUCAACUCCAUCAGCAUCGUGGUUGUGAAGAUCGUAGUUAUAUCCGAGGAGGACAAAGGACUCAAGGUGUCCGGGAACGCAGCCAUGACGCUGCGAAACUUUUGCACUUGGCAAAAAAAGAUGAACAAAAACAACGAUAAGCAGCCAGACUACUGGGACACGGCAAUCCUUUUCACCAGACAGGACCUGUGUGGAGCUUCCACCUGUGACACUCUUGGCAUGGCAGAUGUUGGCACCAUGUGUGACCCCAAGAGGAGCUGCUCUGUGAUCGAAGAUGACGGCCUACCCUCAGCCUUCACCACCGCUCAUGAGCUUGGACACGUGUUCAACAUGCCACACGACAACGUGAGGGCCUGCGAGGACGUGUUUGGGAAACUGCAGGACAACCACAUGAUGUCUCCCACUCUCAUUCAGAUCAACCGCACCAGCCCGUGGUCCCCCUGCAGUGCUGCCAUCAUCACUGAAUUCCUGGACAGCGGGCAUGGGGAAUGUUUGCUCGACCAGCCUCCGAAACCGUUGGUCCUCCCCGACGUGCUGCCGGGAACGUCCUACAUCCUCAACCGCCAGUGUGAGCUCGCGUUUGGAGAAGACUCCAAGCCCUGUCCCUUUAUGCAGCCGGCGUGUGGGCGUCUGUGGUGCACAGGGAAAUCCAACGGCCACCUGGUGUGUAUGACUCGUCACUUCCCCUGGGCGGAUGGCACACACUGCGGGGACAAUCAGGUCUGCAACCAAGGGGUCUGCUCUAACAAACGGGUCCGAAAUGUGAAGGUGGACGGACGCUGGGGGAGGUGGGGCCAGUUUGGCUCCUGCUCACGCACAUGUGGAGGCGGCGUCCAACUCUCCAAAAGAGAGUGUAACAACCCGGUUCCGUCAAAUGGGGGUAAAUACUGCCAAGGAGUGAGGGUCAAAUACCGCUCCUGCAACCUGAACCACUGCCCUGAUGCAGGUAAGACUUAUCGCGAGCAGCAGUGUGCAACCAGUGGCCGCAGUUUUAACAGUAACCGCAUCGACCCCUCCGUGGUGUGGGUACCCAAGUACUCUGGAGUGUCCACCGACGACAGGUGCAAACUCAUCUGCAGGGCUAACGGCACUGGCUACUUCUAUGUCCUGGCACCCAAGGUUGUGGACGGGACUCCGUGCUCCCCUGACUCCACAGGAGUGUGUGUCCAAGGGAAGUGCAUCAAGGCCGGCUGUGAUGGAAAAAUUGGUUCCUCCAAGAAGUUUGACAAGUGUGGAAUCUGCGGAGGUGACAGCAAGGGCUGCAAAAAGGUGUCGGGACUCUUUACAAGGCCUGAGCACGGCUACAAUUUUGUGGUCUUGUUACCGGUGGGCGCAGCCAACAUAGACAUCCGUCAGCGAGGCUACAAGGGAAUGAGGAGCGAUGACAACUAUUUGGCGGUUAAAAACAGCGAGGGCCACUACCUGCUCAAUGGGAACUACGUGGUGUCGGCUGGAGAGAGGGACAUCAUCAUACAGAAAAGUCUGCUGCGCUACAGCGGCACAUCCGGCCUCGCCGAGACCCUGCAGGCCGUGAAGCCCUUGGGAGAAUCCCUGACUGUGGAGGUGCUGUGUGCAGGCCAGAUGACGCCGCCUCGCAUCCGCUACUCCUUCUACCUCGCCCGUCAGACCAAGGAGGACAAGACCCUGAAGAAAGAGGGGCGCGUAGACUCCCACAACAGUGUCCUGGCUGAGGACAGUGUCAAGGAGAACAGGGGAGACACCCUGAAGAAGUCUUACGGAAAGGAGGAUCCUGCUCUCGGGAAAUGGAUAUCCACAGGUUGGGAUCGGUGCUCAGUGACCUGCGGCGGCGGGAUCCAGAGGAGGAUGGUGCAGUGUCUGACACCAGACGGGAAGCCAGGGUCGGACUGUGAUCCUUCACAAAGACCCUCGGCCACCAGGGUUUGUGGAGACCCCUGUCCGGAGUGGCUUAUUGGGCAGUGGUCACCUUGCUCCAGAACCUGUGGGAAGGGCUUCAAGAGACGACCGUUGCACUGCAAAACCCAAACUGGGCAUCUGCUCCCAAGGGACCACUGCACUGGCAUACGCAAGCCACAGGAGCUGGACUUCUGUAACCUAAUGCCUUGCUAAUGACGACAACUUAUAAAAUACAAAUCUUUGUUAUGUUUUAAAAGGACUAAAUCGAAUCCCCCUGCAAGUAUCACACACACACACACACACACCGUGUCUGUCGGGUGCAAGUUUUUCCACCUGCAUCAUGGGAAACCAAGAAUUUUGGAAGGAAGAAAGCCGCAGGAUGAAUGCUGUGAGAUAUUUUUCACUGCCAUCACUCUGACUUCAAAAGACAUUGUCAAGGUCUAACUCUGAUGGCAAAGUACCAUGGUAGAAAGGUCAAAUAAAAUGUAGUGGGAUCCUUUGUACUGUCAGCACAAGUUCCCAUUUGCAAGCAAUCAAUCUAGUUUUGAAUCUGAAACCCAUUUCAUGUCAUAUUGUUUUAACUGUUGAGGCUUCAAAGUUUCAGUGGAGUCUGAUAAAUGGAUCAGCGAAGCCUUCUGGUUUUCCAAACAACUACUCCAAUAUACAUGGAUUGACGUCCAUACUUCUUACAGACUGGACUAAUACGUAAUGCUCACACGAUUAACAUUAUGUGCGAUCUUCAUCUGCCAUUACAGGUGUUUUUUCAGGGAGUCUUUAAACAUCUUGGAAUUAAUUUAAGAAAUGAAACGGAUCACAUCAUUUACAUGGUUGUACUUUCUGUUCUGUUGUUGCUGCAUCUAUACAAUGCAAAUAAAAUCUGUUGGUUAACAGCUCGAGCAGAUAAAGUUUGAUACCAGAUUGGAUAGAUAUCUUUAGUAACAACCACUGUGUUUUUUCUACAUGUUUUACUCCUGAUACUUUCACGGAAACCAACAAUAAUGAUGCAGCCAGCAUUGCUGCUCCAACACUAGGAAGUAAGCAUUUUCUGCAGACUCAGCAGCAGUCAUGGAAACAGUUUGAACUAGAAUCUGAAGUCCCAUUGGUGGUUUUUUAAUGACAGAUCUGACGAAACAAAGCAGGCCAGGAGACAAUGGUCAGUGGUCCCUGUCAGCUGGUUUGUCCGCCAGCUCAGGGAUUUCAUCAGGCUGCAACCAACCUAACACUGCUUAUCUGAGAUCAGCUAUAAUAUAGCCCUGAUCUUAUCUCCAUAAGAGCGACACAUGCUGUAUUCAAUUCCCGCCUCCUGUGUUCAGCGCGUUUGAUUGCUUCCUUCAUUUCUGUUAUCAUUCGACCACAGCAAUUGUCUUCUCAGUUCAUGAUGUUCAGCCAUGUCGAGUCACGCCUGUCUGGCACAGUUACCACUGUAAUUUAUUAUCAAUGAAACGAUAAGGCGGAGAGGGGAAGAAAAACUGGCAGGCCCUCCGUUUUGCUGUUUUUUUGGAUCGCCUUGUUCGUGGCCCCAAAGCCAGAGCCAAGCUGUUCCUUCUACAAACUUGCUGAAAUCCUGUAAUCCAUUAUAUUCAUGUUUUGUUUCUUAAUGGGGCCACAUUGUCCAGUCCAACAUCCAACUAAAGGAUGGAUCCUGCGUUAGUUGGGUUAUAAUUUUUUAAUUCGUAUCAGCUUUUGCACGUUGUACAGCAAAAGAAAGCUAUGACCUACAUGGGCUGUAUUGUAUACUAUGUAUAUAUUUAUUCAGCUCUGUGCAAAAAAUAAUGUAAAUACUUUUUAAAUACUUUUUUUACACAGGCAUUUGUAAUUGUCUUUGACAUCAGUGUAUUUAUUCCAAAA